AUCGUAUUUGGAAACUUGAUUUUGUGUCCUCGCAACAACAGUGUCUCGUAAGGACGGUUCCCAAGGUUGGCUUGUUCUUCAGUUCUUGCAUUUUUUUGAUACGGAGCAGUCAUGGAUGUUGAUUCACAACCUAUGAUGGAGGAGACCAUUUUGGUCGGUGACGAUCUAAUGAUGGGUCCUCCAUCUCCUGUCAUCCCUCCUGAAAUUGCUUCACAUGUGCUCGAAGGUGUUGAAUUGUGUGAUGGGAUUUUGAGGAAUCUAUUCUUAUGUUUGCAAAUCAAUGAUAUUGAACCAUUUUGCCAAGAUGAGCUUGCCUUGUAUCGACAAUGUGCUGAAAACAGGGACAAGGUAUUAAGAGUAAGACUUCAAGAGAGCGAACACAAGCUAGGAUCGUCUAUGCCUAUUGAUCUCGCUAAGGAACGAAUUACUCAGCUUGAAGCUGAAGCCACAUCACUAGAGAGGCACUUGAUACUAGCAAGUGGAGCUGAAGGAAUUGAAGGAUUUCGUAAAAGAUGGAGUUUGCACGGUCGGAUGACGGAUACCAAAAAACGACUGGAGUCACUGAAGCAGGGAAUGGCGAGUAGAAAAAAAGAUGAACAUGAUCAAUCUCCAAAACCACCUUCUACUUGGAAAAGAUGGUUCUUUUGGUGAAAGUUUUUGUGAUCUUACCAGCAUGCUCCAGAAUGAUUAGUACAUUCUUAAAAAUAAUACAUUUGUGUUACAGAUUUUUCCUACAAUGAAUCUUUCAUUUGGAUCAUAACAGUUUAUAAUCAAUCAUACACUUGUGACGCAUAUGCUAUACAAUGUAAACAUCUUUAGAUAUGAAAAGU